AUGGCUGCCGCUUCUACGCCAGCAGACACGGGGCGACCCGCCGAGAGCGAAGCCAAAGUGGUGAAUGAGACAGACGAUGGCUUCGUCGAUAUCUCGGCAUCCGAGCCCGACGAACAGGACCUCCUGGCAUCGCAGAUGGACAGGCAGAGCUUCUCGCCCGUGCCCGCAAUCUUCACAUCCCCGCCGCCCAUCAAGGAAACACACCGGUCGCACACGCUGACCCAACAGAACGCGACCAUGCAUGAGUGCCUCCCGCUCCUCGCUGGCGACUCAGACACUCUCGAGCUCAACCGCCAUGGCGUACCCAGGCUUCGACGUGAAGCUCACGUAAAGUAUCUCCACAAGCAGCUCGGGAAGCUGCCCGCCCCCUAUCUCAUCGCGGACGCGAGUCGGCCAUGGUUCCUCUUCUGGUCCCUCAACGGCUUGGCUCUGCUCGGCGAGGACGUUUCCAUGUACAGGCAGAAGCUCAUCGAUACGGCGAGGGCCAUGCAGAACCCGAAUGGUGGCUUCGGUGGCGGCCACGGGCAAAUGUCCCACCUCGCCACCAGCUUUGCGCUGAUCCUCUCGAUCGCCAUCGUCGGCGGCGAGGAGCUCUACGAAGUCAUCGACAGGAAAGCCAUGUGGAAGUGGUUGUGUUCCCUCAAACAGCCCGACGGCGGCGUGCAGAUGGCGUAUGGCGGUGAAGUCGACGUGAGGGGUGCCUAUUGCACCACCGUCAUCGCUGGCCUCCUGAACAUGCCCCUCGAACUGUCGCCCGACUCCCCGGCCUACACCCCCGACGGCAAGACCACCCUCUUCACCCGGCCUAGCCGAACUUUCGUCCGAAGAUGUACCUCGACGUGCACGACUCAUCUCCUGGCUCUCCUCGCGCAGUACGCCCCCGAGGGCGGCUUCAGUGGCCGGACGAACAAGCUCGUCGAUGGUUGCUACAGCCACUGGGUCGGCGGCUGCUGGCCCCUCGUCGAUGCCGCACUGAACGGCGCCAGCGAGCUUGACGAAAAUGUCUGUGACGAUGAGGGUGAACUGCCAGCUAACAGCCAGCGUCCUGGUGAUCCGCACGAAGAAGAAUGGUUCAGCAGAGAAGGGCUCAUCCGGUAUAUCCUCUGCUGCGCCCAGGAUCAGUCGAAGCGUGGAGGGUUGCGCGACAAACCCAGCAGACCUUCUGACGCGUACCACUCUUGUUACGUCCUCAGCGGCCUGACAUCGGCCCAGCACGAUUGGGACAUGACAUACGUCGGCGAAGACGACACCAUCCUGGCGGAACCCAGGUGGAGGGUUAGGCCCCGCACGGGUGCCGAUCAGGUGUUCGACGAGGAGGACCGCGUCGCCACGAUCCACCCCGCGUACACGAUUCCCGAGCAGAAGGCGUAUGCCAUGAAGGCCUACUUUGCGGCCAAGACAGGGUUCUAG